GGGGGCAGUAUGAGUCUUACAUGCCCAUUGUAACCUUUUCAAACGGAAAACGGUCACGCUUCACCGGAUACAGCAGACUUCGUCACCGGCAGAAUGGGAACCCAAGUGAAGGAUGUCACCAUCAAACCCGACGCUCCCAGUUCGCUGAUGCUGGACAAACACGCAGACUAUAUUGCUGCCUAUGGCUCCAAAAAAGAUGACUACGAGUACACACUGUCGGAGUACCUGCGGAUGAGCGGCAUCUACUGGGGUCUGACAGUGAUGGACCUGAUGGGUCAUCUGCCCCGUAUGAACCGCAACGAGAUCAUUGACUUCAUCAAAGCCUGUCAGCAUGAAUGUGGAGGCAUCAGCGCCAGCAUUGGCCACGACCCUCACCUGCUCUACACACUCAGUGCCGUCCAGAUCUUGUGCUUAUAUGACAGCCUGGAGUCCAUCGAUGUGGACAAAGUGGUGGCGUACAUCGUUGGGCUGCAGCAGGAAGAUGGUUCAUUCGCAGGGGACAAGUGGGGUGAAAUAGACACAAGGUUUUCUUUCUGUGCUGUGGCUACACUGGCAUUACUGGGGAAGAUGGAUAAAAUAGAUGUUGACAAAGCUGUGGAGUUUGUCUUGUCCUGCAUGAACUUCGAUGGUGGUUUUGGCUGCAGACCCGGGUCAGAGUCUCAUGCUGGUCAGAUUUACUGCUGCACUGGUUUCCUGUCGCUCACUGGGCAGCUGCACCAGGUGAACGCUGACCUGCUGGGCUGGUGGCUCUGUGAGAGGCAGCUGUCGUCUGGAGGUCUUAAUGGACGACCUGAGAAGCUGCCAGAUGUGUGUUACUCGUGGUGGGUGUUGGCUUCACUGAAGAUCAUCGGCAGGAUUGACUGGAUCGACAAGGCCAAGCUGCGGAGGUUCAUCCUGGCCUGUCAGGACGAUGAGAUGGGAGGUUUUGCUGACCGACCGGGAGACGUGGUGGAUCCGUUCCACACACUGUUCGGAAUCGCAGGUCUCUCCCUCCUGGGGGACGACCAGAUCAAGCCGGUCAACCCGGUGCUGUGUAUGCCUGAGGACGUCCUGCAGAGGAACGGGGUGCAACCCGACAUCCUCAGCUAACUAACACUUUGACGCCGUCUGUUCGACUCUACACACUCAUGAACACAUGCUGCCCUGCUUAAGUCCCUCCACCGGAUGUUGAGAACCUGAGAUUGGCCUCCACGUGCUGUGGUGUAGCGUUCAGACAUGUUUCAGAUGAAGGCUUCACUGUUGACAACCAGAGCAACACAACCAUCAUCACAAACGUCUGAGUCGAGGCAGAAGGAUGCAUAUCUCCAGGUGAACAGUUUGAGACGGUCCCUUACUUGAGCUUCUAGUUCAACCCUGAAUGGACUAUUGUGUUUUCAAGUCAUGGGUUCACAGUGAGAGAAAAUGAUAAGGCUGACUAUUAUUGGAUGUACAAUCAUGGCCUGGUCUUUUUCAAAGGUUAGAAAUUAUGACAAACAUUCCUCUACUUUGAAUGACUGUAACUUCUUUUGAAAUGAAAUCCAAAACUGCUA